GCGACCCCCGGCCCGGUCCCGGUCCCGAUCCCGAUCCCAACCCCGCUCCUGGUCCCGGCCCGGCCCCCGGCGGCGGCCGGACCCCCCCUCCCCGCCCUGCGGAGCGGGGAGCGGCGCCGGGCAUGCGGGCGGUGGCAGCGGGCCGGGAGGUGGGAUGCUGUCGCGGAAGAAGACGCGGACGGAGCUCUCCAAGCCGGGCGAGGUGCAGGGGAAGUACGUGAAGAAGGAGACGAGCCCGCUGCUGCGGAAUCUGAUGCCUUCGUUCAUCCGCCACGGCCCCACCAUCCCCCGGCGCACGGACCUGUGCCCGCCCGACCCCGCGCCCUCCGCCUACGGCCCCGGCGACGGCCUCGUGUCCCGCGCGCAGAGCUUCCUGCGGAGCCCGGUGCCGCGGCCGCCCCACGAGAUCCUGAGGCGAGAGAGCCACAGACUGUCCGCGCCCUCGUACCUGGCCCGCGGCCUGGCCGAGGUGCCCCGCGAGUACGGCUCCUCCUCCUCCUCCUCCUCCUCGCAGCCCUUCCUGGCCGAGGCCGGCGCGGGGCUGGAGAACGGCGAUGCCCGCGGCUACUACUGCGAGCGCUUCUACGAGGGCCACAGGAGACGUCCGCUGAACGAGCGCCUGCACGAGGACUACAGGUAUUAUGAGCACAACAGUGAUCUUUUCCAGAGGAUGUCCCACAAUCAUGGCAGGCACACUUCAGGCAUCGGGAGAGUUGCUGCUACAUCUUUAGGAAACUUAACAAAUCAUAGUUCUGAAGAUUUACCUCUUCCUCCUGGCUGGUCAGUGGACUGGACUAUCAGAGGAAGGAAAUAUUACAUCGACCACAACACCAACACCACGCACUGGAGCCACCCCCUGGAGCGCGAGGGGCUGCCCCCGGGCUGGGAGCGCGUCGAGUCCUCCGAGUUCGGCGUUUAUUACGUGGAUCACAUCAACAAAAGGGCUCAGUACAAGCACCCCUGUGCUCCCAGCGUGCCCCGUUACGAUCAGCCGCCCCCCGUGUCCUACCAGCCGCAGCCCCCGGAGAGGAGCCAGGCCCUGCUGGUCCCUGCCAACCCCUACCACAGUGCUGAGAUCCCUGACUGGCUCCAGGUCUAUGCCAGGGCUCCUGUCAAGUACGACCACAUCCUGAAGUGGGAGCUGUUCCAGCUGGCCGACCUGGACACGUACCAGGGCAUGCUGAAGCUGCUGUUCAUGAAGGAGCUGGAGCGCAUCGUGAAGCUGUACGAGGCGUUCCGGCAGGCGCUGCUGGGGGAGCUGGAGCAGCGGCAGCAGCGGCAGCAGUGGUACGCCCAGCAGCAGCAGCAGCAGCAGCAGCAGCAGCACAGCGCCAACUACUGAGCGCCGCCGCGGCUCUCCCAGGAACAGCGCUUCUGGUUGAAAAGGCAGCUGAUUUUUGUUGACGUUGCACCUUUGUUAUUAUUAUCCUCUUGAAUAUUUUUCUACAUGUAUUAUGUGUUGUUUAUAAAGAAGUGGAAAUUGUUUGUUAAUCUUUUUUGGCCGUGCCGGGAGUAGUUUGUUAUCCUGAGAAACCAGCAAGUUCCGUGGUGCCCUGCUCGUCCCUCCGUGUCCCGAGCCAGCUGCAGUAUUAAAGCUGGCUGUGCAUUUUGAAGGGCAGGAGUCACG